GUGCAAACUAGCAAAUUCGAUGAUGUUAAUCCACCUCUAUCUAUUCGACUCGGGAGGCUAGCUGGUCCUGACGAUGACCCUGUUGCCGAGCUUGACGAGGGCUCUCCGUGCGGGCGAGUCGGGCAGCACCGACAGCCACUCCACCGCCUGCUGGGCGUGCCAUCGCGCCAGGCUCUUGGUCCGCUCCAAUCCCUGCACGCCAUCAACACACACAGGAGAGGAGACCAGUGACGGACGGAGGGGUUUGCCGGAGUCGAUGUGAUGCACGUGCUAUGCUCGUCGGCCGACCUUGCUCCUCUCGAGUAGUUUCCUGGCGCGGUCCACAUCACCCGGCUGCUUGAACUUGCGCCGUAUCAUGGCAUUCAGCUCGGGAUACUCCUCUGCUGCAAAGAGGAUUGGCGCAGUGGCCUGGCCGUUGUUCAAGUCAGAACACGCCGGCUUGCCUGAUCGACAGAGACGACACGAGCAAGAAGAGACAAAUGAGCACCCACUAAACGGACGGAUGGGGGGGGUCCUCUGAUUCGCAGCUUACCGAGGAGGUCAGCCGACUGAGUGAAGUCGAGCAGGUCGUCUACUAUCUGGAAGGCCAAGCCAAGAUGGUACCCAUACUUCUCUGCCGCGACCGUCUCCUCACUGGUCGACGCGAAGCCUCCCAGCAGUGCCGCGCUUCUCGUCGAGCAGGCGAUGAGGGAGGCUGUCUUCAUGUAGGUCUUCUUCAUGUACCUGCAAGUUUUGCCACAGAAAUGCGAACCUUUCCGAAAGGAUGGUAGACGGGCGUGAUGUGCUGACCAGUCGAAUGUUGUCAAAUCGUCCGGCUCGGCCUUGGCCUGCAUCACCUCGCCCGUCACAAGCGAAUCAAGCGCAUUGGCCAUCGUCUCGACGACCUCCACGUUUCCAAGCUGAGCAAGGAGGACCGACGCUCGCGCGAGUAGGAAGUCUCCCGCGAGCACAGCCACUUUGUUGGAGUAGAGCUUGUGCACAGAAUCACCGCCUCUCCUCGUCUCAGCGUCGUCCAGCACGUCGUCAUGAAUGAGCGACGCAGUGUGGAUCAUCUCUGUGAUCUGACAGACAGACACCACACCACACCACAGCACACAAGGCGCAUUCCCUCGCGUGUGCCGGCUCUCGUCUCCUCCCUCCCGUGUGUGUGUGUGCGUACCUGGCCGAGCCGCCUUUGCUUGUCGUACACGUCAGCACUAGGCAUGUCGUCUACAUCCUUGUAUGACACGCUGUCCCCCACAUCCGCACCACUGUUGGCCGCGGCAGCAGCCGCCCGUGAGAUGAGCAUCACUAUGGUCGGCCGGAACUUUUUGCCGCUCUUGAGGCUGAAGAAGUGGGAAGCCGCCAUCUUCAGCACCGGGUGGUCCGUGUCCACCACUUCUCUGACCUGGUCAGCAAGGGACAGUAGGUCGUCACCGACAUAGUCAAACGGAUCAGGGCCGCUAGGCGGGCUGUUGACAUCGACGAGGGACUCCACUUUGGCAUUGACAGGCUGAGCCGCAAGCACACGCUCGCGUGGGCGAAGCGCCAAGCGAUGUGAAGAGCGGGCAGGGGAGGCGGCUUGAGGGGCGACAAAGCCUUCAGAUGCCUCAAGCAGGGCGGAGAGGUCAUCGUCAUCGACAGGCCUCACGGAGAGCGCCCGGGAGAAGGUCAGGAAUGUGGUGCUGAGGGCCAGAAAAGAGAGCAGGGAUGAAACCAUAGUCAGAUGAUAAGUAAGAGAAGAAGUGGGAAGAUGAUAAGACAACACCAGAAGAUCAGAUGAUGGAGACUACCCUCUUUUGGC